UACUCGCAAUGUACAAAUGCACGCACUUAGUAAUCACCGGUCGAGAAGUAGUUAUGAUCUAAGAGCAAUUUGAAUUCACACCGAUAAAGUAAUAAAGCAUCGUAAAAAGUGUAGACAACAAGCGCGGUAGCCAGCAAAUACGAAAAUGUUUGGAAAGUUGCUGAUAUUUAUAUGCACCCUACAAUAUGCAUUAGGGCAGGAUGUGCAAUUGAUUACCGAGGGCGAGGUGGACGGCGACGAAAAGUACCUCAAUAUGUCAGCGCGUGGUCUAAAGGAAACCUUGGACCUAACGUGGUCACACGCGGUAGAGAACGCGGAUUUUUCGAAUAACGCAAUCACACAACUCGACUGGAGUCGAAUUGAGACAGCCCCGAAUCUGACAACAUUGGAUCUAUCUGGGAACGUAGACCUAGUUCUGCCCGAGAAUGGCCCCGGAGUCGAGAUGCCGUUGAACGUGCUUAAUAUGUCCAACUGCAACGUGGAAGUGAUUUCAAGGAAUGCACUAAGUGGGCUGAAAAACUUAGAGGUGUUGGAUCUACGCGGCAAUCCCAUCGCGUUCGAAAAAUGCGGCAUUUUUGAAAAUCUCGAAGCGCCCCCGAAGCUCUUCAUCAUUUCAAAGAUAUCAAAAGAUGAGUUGGAGUAUGUCUGCAAACAAGUCGACAUGAAAGUGGAGAUUAUCGAUGAUGAUAUGACGUUUGACUGUAAAGACGUGCGACGCAAACAUCCAAAAUUCACAAAUAUUUCCCCAACCAGGGAGAAACUCUCGAGUGACGUUAUGUUGGACGAGAUGAUUUUACCUGACACACAUAUGGAAAUGCAAAUGAUGGUAGCGGACGAACCUAUGGGAGAAGAUGAAGGCAGUGGAAUGAUUGAAGAAAACGAAAAAUCUGUUGACACAAUGCUACUCACUGACACUUUGAUACCCAACCCAGAGAGCAGCAUUGUUGAAGAUACCACAGAUAAAAAACCUACAACAUCAUCAGAAGUGGUACUACGUCAUGAGGAACAUCAAGAGGAAAUUAGCGGUGAACAUCAAACUGAAAAUCACGAUGAACAUCAACACGAAAAUCAUGAUGAUCACGAGUCAAUGUUGAACGAAAGCAAAGAAAAGCUUCAAAUUCAACCGAAGCAACCCAUGCAAAAGACAGUUGUUAAAGAAAUUUUGGUUGACACUCCGCCGCAAAUCAACAUUACCGACGCUGUAAUUGGAGAAAACAAAACAUCUGAAGCAUCAACAUCAACUGGAAAAAGCGUAAUUCUCGUGCUCGUGAUCGGUGCAGUGGCGAUGGGUUCAGUAUUCGGUUUGAUGAAAGUCUACAAAGACCGUCAACGCUAUGCUGGAACCAAUACUUCCGAUACACCCGACGAGGGUAAAGAAAUGAAGGAAAUCUUUCCGGAACGCCUACCUCUUAUAUCUAACGCUACCAAUGGAGCAAAAUCAAGCGAUGAAAAAGUGCCGGAUGUGGUUGUGGUGGAUGGCAAAGAGGAUAAUCCACAGCCGCGUACUGAGAUGACUACCAAGGAGAUUCUCAACAAUCCGGAUACCUUGCCGGACAUCGACGACCCGAGUCGUCUCUCCACCGUCAUCGUAUCAAACACUAACUUGAACGAUGUAAAGUAAUCGCAUUUAUAAAUCUACUUAGAAAACUCGUCCAAAUCUUCAUUCACGUAUAGAUACUUAAUAUUUGUAGCAUUUAGUGUUUCUGAAUAAUUUUGUACUAUAUUUAUAAACUGCACACUUCAAUAUACAUCUAACCAUAUCUAA